GACACGCUGCAUAAAGCCGGCCGCCCCCCGCGCGCAGCCGAUGGAGCAGCCGGGGAGCUGCCGCACCGGGGCGAGCCAAGGGGGUCACGCCUGAACUUCAGGACCAUGGCCAGCUCCCGGCUCUGCCUGCUCUGCGCCCUGCUCUCCCUGCUGGCCGCCGGCCAGGAGACCCUGGGGCCCAGGGCUGCGGGCAGCCCGGCGAGCAAGAGCCAAGAAGAAAAGGAGCUGAUUGAAGCUCUCCAAGAGGUGCUGGAGAAACUGAAGACGGAGAGGCUGCCCUCCAUAGAGAAGAAGCUGGGCUCAGUGCCUUCGUGCGACGCUGGCGAGCCGUGUGCCGUGAGGAAAGGAGCCCGGAUCGGGAGACUCUGCAAGUGCCCCCGCGGGACGGCCUGCAACUUCUACAUCCUCAAGUGCUUGUGAGGAGGACAGGAACGCCAGGACAGGACGGGGCAGGGGGAGAGGGGGCUUGGGGAGCAGCUUCUGGUCCUAAUAUCUCCACCUUGCCUGUUUCAGGAGGUGGGUUUGGUUUUUCUCCUGUGCUAGGAAAUGUAGCUCGUCACUUCCCCCACGGCCCUUAAGGCUCCCCCCUCAUUCCAGUGCCUGUGAUGGAAGGAGCUCUCUGUGCACAGUUUGUAAUUGCUUUGAUCCCUUGCUGUCCCGCAAGAUGCUAGGAGAAGCCAGCCUGGCCUGCUUUUCUGAGGUGCCAAGCCCCUGAUCUCAGUGGGGCCAGCAGGGGCUCAGCAGCUCUGAGAAUCAGCCUCCAGCCUCACUUACAUUUCCCACAUCCCUUCUUCCUGCUUUCCCUGCCUGGAGACACGUGACCAAAGAUUCUCUGCUCAGUGCAGAGGGGGAGGCUGCUGGCUGCAGCCUCUCGUGUCUCUGCUUGGUCCCUGGCUGUGGGUAGAGUAGCCUGGGGGUUGCUCUAACAUGGCACUGAGGUACCAGCCAUGAGCACGCUGCUCUCCUGCCCCAUCUCACCCUGCCGUGGCUCCUGCACAAGAGGCCAUGAGGAGGCUAGCAUAGGAGCCAGCUAUGGAGACUUCAGCACCUUCUGGGAAUCCCUCAUGCCAGGGGAGGGGAAGCAGGCGAAAGAGCUUUGCUCCCAGGGGCUGGCUGCUGAGGCAUGGUCUCCGAGUUCUCUGUUAUCUGAGCAUCAGGGGCAUCCCUGCAGCGUCAGUAGGGGUGGCUCUGGAUUGUCUCUCCAGGGGAGGAAGGAGCAGCAGGAAGAGGGGACCUGAGCAAACCAUGCUGCAUGCAAACACUGGAGAUCCGCAGACCCCCAAGGAACGUCCCCCACAUGCAUGUCUAAAACCUCCCCACAGCCAACCAUGCUCCCUGCUCCCCGGCUCCUGCACGAAACCCGCUCACCCUGGCACUAGGCAAAGAGCCAGGCUGUGCAGCAUGGCAGCAAAUGGGGUGGGGGAAGGGGGAGAGCUGGAGGCAAUAGGUAACGAGAGGAAGGCUGGCCUGGGAGGUUAAGGCACAGGGCUGGGAUCCAGGUUCAAGCCCCAGAUCUGCUAUUGACUCCUGGUGUGACCGGGGCAAAUCACUCAACCUCGCGGACCCCCGGUAACAUGGAUAACAACGCUUCCUUGGCCCAUCAUGUCUGUUUAGACUGUGAGCUCCGUUUAGACUCUGUGUUUGCGCAGCACCCAGAAAACAGGGCCCCCAUCCCUGUUUAGAGAAUCAGACUUGGUUCCAGGUAAUCUUCUAGCAUUCCCCGAAGGCAGCAGUCAAUGCAUGUGGGGAUUUUGUCUCGCUUCCAGAUCUUAACUGCUUUAGCCCAUCUCUGCAAUUCAAACUGACACUGGGAAAUAAACAGAGCCCAAGACAUGCCACAUCAGCAGCGUGCACCAUGGAGAUACAGGGGGCAGCUGCCCUGUCUGUGCUCUCCGCCUGUAGUGGCAGCAAAGAAACCUGCCCCCCGCCCCCUCCCCAGACACAAUAUGAAGUGUGCACAUAGACGCGCCCAUUGCAAUGACCAUCAGAGCUCCCAGUGCCGGAGCAGAAGGAAAACCGUCACACUGAAGGCCCUGAUUCGCCAGGUGUUUAUUAGCCCCGGUGCCAGCUGGGUAUGAGAAACGUUCCCGAAGCAGCCUGGUAAAACAGCUGCUGUGCACUUCGCCUGGUUGUGUGAAUGGCCAAACAAGGGGCAGGCCCCAAAGGGACUGGAGCGAAAAGGGGGAUGGGAAAGAAAUAGUGACAGUGGCCCUUAAAGGGGUCAGUUUAUUUCAAAAGCUGCAUCUGCCCUGAAAUUCCACCCCGCUCCCCUUUCGUUUUCCAGAGCACAUUAAGCCUGUGGGGAGCCCAAACAGUAAUGGACAAGGAUGGGGGUUCCUAUUAAAUGAUUUGUACUCAAGCCCCUGCCUCAAGCCUCCUCUUUUCAGUGAUGCGCCGUUUCCGCUUCCCUGCCCGCCAACCUCCCAGGGCUUUCAGGGGACCCUGUUCCUGCUCUGAAGGAUUCCCAGUCCUCCCGGGCCUGCUCUACCCAGAGUUUGUACCAGUGGAAGCGUAUGGGUGGGGGUAAAACCGACAGCUCUAGCAGAGACAAGGUGGGGCCGACCCAGCAUACAACGUAGACCUUGUUCCCGUAAAGGUACAAGCCCCACUUCCACCCUGGGGUGGCGUAGGGGUGUCUACAAACAGCACCAAAGCAGGACAGCGUGUAUUUAGACCAGCCUCAGGGGCACCGCUUCACGUUGUCAGCCCUGGAGGCACGGUGAGGCGCUUUUCAGAGGCGUUGACCCACAGUGGGCCCAUGAUACCUACAUGCCCCUUGAAAGCUUCUGUCUAACUCUUCCUAGGUCAGCCGGUAUUUACAGCAGCACCUCCUACAGGGACUGCUCAGGAUCAGGGCCUUGUCGGCCAGGGCAAACCCUGCCACAGGCCCGGCCCGUGGAGAAUUUCCAAGUGACCCCUGCAGGAUGGGGAGGGUCUAGCCCCAUCAACACAGGGCUGCGUGUCCAGUCAGACUCCGGCCACACGCUGGGAAACACCGCGAGAGGAACAGGGAGCUUGGCAGAGCCUAGCCUGGGAGAGGAGCAGGGGUAACAAACGGGGUGCAGACCCAGAGCGGCCUCCAGCCCAGCUGGCUUUGGGGGAGUGUAGGCCCUGGCAGUAUACAUCCCACAGCGGCUGGCACAGACCUGCCCUGCUCAGUGGCUAGGCACCAGCUGGUCUGGACAGCCUGAGGAGGAAAUGCUAAUGAUCCUCUCUCCCCCCAGCUCUCUGCAACUCGUUAGGGAUCUGCCACUUUGAGAGGCAGGGGACCCUGCCCUCACCAGCUCUGUUCCGUUACAGAGGGAAUAUAUCAUGCAAAUACCAGAUGCACAGGGCCAGCCUCCUGCUCCGGCCCUAGACUAUUAGAUUGGGCUCAGGAGAAGGAAGGUUCUCUCUCCCCCGCCUCACUCCUGAGCCCCAAGGUAGGAUUCAGAAUCAGCACCAGCAGCAAAGGGAAUUCACACUAAAGAAAAAUCCCCACACUGUCUCCUGGGGGAGUGUCACACCAGCCUUCAGUCCUCGCUGGGAGCAGCCAUUUCCGGCCAUCUUCUCCUUCCUCUUCAGCCCAGGCCCUGCUGUCUGUCAUAUCACAAGAGGACCCAGCACACCCCAC